UUUUUCAUACAUUUUUCACUGCCUAUAGACAUUGCAAAAGUUGUCAUGAAUAGUCAAAAUUUAGUGGGCUUACUACUCCUUUUUUUACAGCUGCCACAUUCGGGUUCCGCAGAUCCGUCGCACAAUGCACCUUCUAUAUCCUUAAAUCGUACUAAGCGCUUGACCGACGCCAAUUUCGACGAUGAGUCUAUACGACUCUCUCAUUUUGUGGUGUCUAUUAGGACAAGAACUGCGCGAAUGUUUUUUGGAGACAAUCAUUUCUGCUCGGGAGUCAUCCUGUCUCCACUCUUCGUUUUGACCUCAUCACACUGCGUUAUAGACAAGCGAAGGAUCAGGUAUGCCAGUCGAAUGCUGCUCGUUGUUGCUGCGGCUGUCAAUAGACUCAAGUAUUUAAAGCACAGGACUUUCGUAACUCCUGUAAAGCGGAUAAUGUUGCCCGAUAACUUUACAAUGGUCAAUCAACAGGAUAUAGGAUUAUUAAAGUUGAAGCACGCGUUGCCAAGAAAUAGUAAACAUAUUUCCGUAGCUAGGAUGCCACUUCAGAGUCCUCAACCGGGUCUUCGAUGUAAUGUCAUGGGCUGGGGACGAAUGUUUCUAGCCGGUCCGAUGGCCUCUUACUUGCUCUAUAUCGACGUGGUGACGAUCGAGUCCCGCAAAUGUGCCGAACUUCUGAAAGUUCCAACAGUGGACCUCCUUUGCGCCAUAGACGAUAACCCUUUCACGGAUCAGCAACCUUGUGUCGGGGAUUGGGGGUCUCCUUUGAUGCACGGCAGUACAGUCUACGGGAUCGUAAGUGUUAUCGUGGGAUGUGGCGAUGAUACGCCAUCUGUGUACACCGAUGUUUACAAGAAUAUUGAUUGGAUCCAGGAGAAAAUUAAUACCGAUGCGGGAAGCACUAUCUCUGUACCCCAUUUAUUGGUAUAUUUUCUUAUUGUUAUUUUUCAAAAAUGGUCAUUUUCACUUUUCAUAUUUGUAGGCCAAAAUUAAGAGUCAAAACUGCAUGUAAUUUAUUAUAUUGAUU